UUUUGGAAUUUAGUUGGUUUUGUUUGUAAGUUUGGACUUUAAUCAGUUUAGUUAGUUUUGAAGUCUGGCCACUUUCGUUUUGACACAAAAACAAACUGAGGCAGCUGCCCUGCCUCCACUGCGGAGGAACAGAGCAGACGUACUUCCGGUAUUGCGAACACAACACAGACACACUCCGUCGGUUAAACGGUGUGUUCGGUGUCGGAGAGCCCGUCUCUCCGCUUCUCUCUCCGGCUGUGUAGCGCUGACUCUCGGUCUCUCUCCCCGAUGGGAACCCGCUCCAGCCGGCUGCAGGCCGCUCCGUCCUCGCCCUCUCUUUCCAAGCGCGGCGGGGUGAAGCGCGAGUCUCGCCGGCUGCGCGGCGGCAGCAGGCCGGCCAGCCUGGCGCUGGACCUGUCGGGCAGUUUCGACCGCGACUCGGAGGCGAACCGGAGCCGCUCGGAGGAAGGCAGCGACUCGGACACGGGGAGUCCCGCAGACCCGCACCACGGGACCCCGGAUCAGGAUCCGGCUACGGCUCUCCCCGAAACCGGAGAGAAGCCCGAGGAGGAGGAGGAAGGAGAGCCGGGGCAGAGUGCGAGAAGCCCCGGCAGCAGUGAGCGGCUGGCCGCGGAGGAGGACGUGGGGCCUGCGCCGCACCGGACUUUCUCAGAGCGGCUUUCCGGCGGAAGGCACGCCUCGGUCGGCCGCAACGGCGCAGCCAGGGCGGCGAGGGUCAGGAGCCCCCGGCCCGUGUCUGAGGCUUGGAUCGGCCUGUACAGAGUCCGACACGGCACAAUCCGUUGCCCCUUUUGCACCAAGCCGUUCCCCGGAGGCCGAAUCGAGGAGCACCUACUGAGCUGCCUCACCUCUCCACCUCUGCCUUACAACACGGACGUGCUCAGUAGAGACAGCGGAGAGUGCUCCAUAUGCCUCGAAGAUCUGCUUCAGGGAGACACCAUCGCCCGCCUGGCCUGCCUAUGCGUCUACCACAAGAAAUGCAUCGACUCCUGGAGCAUGGUGAAGCCUUGUUGUCCAGAGCAUCCUUUUGAUUGACUUCAGUUCUACUCCGCACCUGCUUGACUCAGGAGACCACGCCCCGGCCAGCUACGUUGAUCCGAUGAAGAGAGGAUCGAGGGGAAUAAAACAAACCGAAACGAAACGAGCGAGAAACGCUGAAUGUGAGCUGGAGCCGAGACAGCCUGCUUUUCUGUGCUGUAGAGUGCUUGCUUGGACAAAAACGGGGUCUUGCUAGGCUUGCUUUUCCUCUCGUCACUCUCCGCUCGGAGACUCCCGAGUGAAUCUGCCAGACUCAACGGGACCUCGAAGCAAAACAGAGA